AUGGUAUACUUGUUCGAUAUGCUGGGUGGUGCGACGGUGUUCACCAAAAUAGACUUGGAGACAUGUUAUUGGCAAGUUCGGAUUGCGGAGGGUGAUGAACACAAGACUACCUGUGUAAUAAGAUAUGGGUCGUACGAGUUCCUGAUUAUGCCAUUCGGCUUAACUAACGCUCCAGCCAUAUUUUGCACCCUGAUGAACCAAGUCUUCCGAGAGUACAUUGACGAAUUCGUGGUGGUCUACUUGGAUGACAUUGUGAUGACGAGAACACGUGCAACAUCUUCAGCUGGACAGCAGCCUAAACCCCCAGUGGCAGCUCCUACUAGGGGCAGAGGACGAGGACGAUUUCGCACUAGAGGCCGAGGCAGAGGUUUAUAUUUGGUAGUAGUCCUAGCUGUCUGUGAGGCGUACCAGCUUGGAUUGGCAUUUGGAGACUCGAGAUAG